AUGAGUGAAACUUGCCCGAACCCUCCUCAUCCAGGUCCUCCUGGUGAAAAAUUACCUACUGCACAAAGCGCAGUCAGUGCUGCAGUCGACGUUGCUCAAAGUUUUGACCCUUUUGAAGCUCAUCAUUAUUGCAGUCAUAUUAAUGACGAUUUUCGCCAAUGUGUUAUUUAUGAUUCCAAUGAUGUUAAUGCUAAGCUGAUCGGUGUUGAAUAUAUCAUUUCAGCUAAACUUUUUCACUCACUUCCUGAAGAAGAAAAGAAAUAUUGGCAUUCUCAUGUUUAUGAGGUAAAAUCCGGAAUUUUAGUCUGUCCUUUCGGAUCUUUGGUUCCCACGGCUGUCGCUGAUAAAGCAGAGGGAAAAGUGAUGGAAGACUUGAUCAAUACUUACGGAAAGACAUGGCAUUUUUGGCAAGUUGAUCGAGGUGAUCCUUUACCAUUUGGUCCUCCCCAACUCAUGAUGGCUUUCACUGGAGAUAAUCAACUUUCACCAAAUGCACUUAAAAAUCGUGAUGAAAGACUCAAUAUUUCUACUGAGCAUAAACGUAACGCACGAGCUCAGCUUCGAGAAACUUAUAAAUGUGAUCCUUAUGCUGAUCAUUGGUCUCAUAGAGAGGAUAAUAUGGCAUAUCAAUGUGAUAUGAAACUUGUUGAACAAAAGAAAAUUGUUCAAGGUUGA